AUGUCAUGGUUCAAACGAUCUGCACAGAAUUAUAUCCCUCAAGCAGGUGAAGACCGUAUGCGGAACGAGCUGCUUGGUGGUGACGGCACGCAAGCGCAAGCGCAAGCACUAGCUGAUGAGGAAGACGCUGCAAGUAUGCGCCCGCCCUCGUACACAACAGUAGAUAAGGGUGGCGAUGCAGCUGACGACGCAGCGCGUAGUGAGUUGUUCAGCGGCGCACCGCCACGCACAGCCCAGCGCAAUCAGGGCGGUGGAAUCACCAACUCUGCCCAAGGUCUCGAUGAGGAGCAACACACAGCCAAUGAAGAUGAGGACGUCGAGGCUAUUAAGCAGCAGACUCGAUUCGUUAAGGAGGAUAGUAGAGAGAGUACGAGGAAUGCACUACGUAUCGCACGCGAGACUGAGGAUAAUGCUGCUAAUACCAUGAUGAAAUUGGGUGACCAAUCAGAGCGUGUCGCUGACACUGAACGUCAUCUCGAUCUCGCUAAAGCACACGCUAAUCGCGCAGAAGAUAAGGGGAAAGAACUCAAGAAACUAAACCGGUCCAUCUUCAGGCCUGUCAUGUCGUGGCAGACGGAUAGGAGGAGACGCGAAGUUCAGCAGCGCAUUGAAGAUAGACACGAAACUGAGCGUGAGGAGAGGGAAAAAGCACACGUGGAUGUCUUUACAUCGAGGAAGAGGGUUGAUAACGUAUUGGAUCCUCAGAAAAGAGGAUUCGGUGGUUUUGGAAGGAAAAAGCCUGAGCAGUCGUCGACGGUGGAGAGAUCCAAGUACCAGUUCGAAGCGACAGCGAGUGAUGACGAAUUGGAAGACGAAAUUGAUGGAAAUCUCAACGAUAUCAAUCAGGCAGUCGGCAAUCUCAAGCGAUUCGCUAUAGCCUCCGGCGAAGAAGUCGGUACACAGAACGAUAGGCUGGACGACAUCCACAACAAGGCUGGUAAACUGGAUGACAAGAUAUUCAGAAACACUCAGAAACUCAAGAAGAUCAAUUGA